GGGGAGCUCUCGGCCGGGUGAUGAUUUCAUGACUUUUCAGCAGCUUUGCACCCGCGCCCGGAACCGGCAUCGAACCACCAUCGGGAAGACACUGGUAACUACCUAGACUAACCAACGCCGAGCCCGGACGCCGUCUCCCUACUAACGUCGACCCGGCUUCUCAUUCACUUCAUUCACAUUGGUUCCUACAGCAAGGCUUCUCGUUUUCACUCAAUCGGUCGCACGGCCACUCAUCUCACUUCACCCACCAUGUCAACCUCGGCCGUCACCAAGAAGCUGGUCGUGUGCGGAGGAAACGGCUUCCUCGGGUCAAGAAUCUGCAAGUAUGCCGUCGCAAGAGGCUGGAAUGUCACUUCCAUCAGCCGCUCGGGGGAGCCCAAAUGGUCCGCCGUGACCUCAUCGCCGGCCCCUCCCCAAUGGGCACACCAAGUCUCCUGGGAGCGCGCCGACAUGCUCAGCCCCGGGACCUACGCCCCGCUUCUCAAGGGCGCCGACUUUGUCGUCCACAGCAUGGGGAUCCUUCUCGAGGCUGAUUACAAGGGCGUCAUCUCCGGCCAGGAGUCCCCCAUCUCGGGCCUGCAAAAGGCCUUCGCCCCCGUCAAGGACCGCGGCGUCGACCCCCUCAAAACCUCGUCCGAGGGCGGCGAUCUCAAGACACCCAACCCCAAUGACCAGUUCUCCUACGAAGUUAUGAACCGCGACAGCGCCAUCGCCCUGGCCAAGCAAGCCAACGCCGAGGACGUAAAGGCCUUCGUCUACAUCUCGGCCGCCGCCGGCGCCCCCGUCCUCCCCGCGCGGUACAUCACCACGAAGCGCGAGGCCGAGAGCACCAUCGCCAGCGAGUUCCCGCGCAUGCGGGGCAUCUUCCCGCGGCCGCCCUUCCUGUACGACAGUUCAAGAAAGUUCACGCUGCCGCUGGCGGCCAUGACCGGCGCCGGCGCCCUCUUCAACAGGCUGACCGGGGGCGUGCUGAGCGGGUUCAUGGGCGCGAGCGGGGUGAAACCCCUGCCGGUCGAGACCGUCGCGGAAGCAGUAGUGGAAGCGCUCGACGACGAGAAGGUUCAGGGCCCGGUUGAGGUGCCCGAGCUCGAGGAGCUGGCGAACAAGGGUUGGAGGAAAACCAUGCUGUGAUGCAUGAUAGUGUAUUUGUAGUUGUAAUUGUGUCAUAGAUUGUAUGAUUGCCCAGUGCAAACAAGCGGGGAAGAAGAAAAAAAGGCCCCUCACAGGCUUGAUAUCCUCCCGGCUUUACCAGUCUCAUAGUAUCCCUCCCCCGCCCCCAUACGCCCGCGCUUAAAUCAUGGUUCCUCUCUCGAAACUGUCCCGAAUCUCUGCAGUGUACUUGUUGUAGAAGCGCGCCAGCUUCUGGUUGAACUGCUUGUUCUUCUCGUUGAUGUACGUGACGUCACCGUCGUCGCCGUUCUGCGCCAUGCGGUCCUUCCUCUUCUUCAGCCUGUUCUCCUCGGCCCUCCUCAGGUCUUCCACGAGCCGGUCGACAGCGGCCUUGU